AUGGCUGCCGUUGCCAUGACACCCAACCCUGUGCAGACCCUUCGAGAGGAGGCGGUGUGCGCCAUCUGCCUCGAUUACUUCACAGACCCCGUGUCCAUCGGCUGCGGGCACAACUUCUGCCGAGUGUGUGUGACCCAGUUGUGGGGCGGGGAGGAUGAAGAGGACAGAGACGAGUUGGAUCGGGAGGAGGAGGAAGAAGAGGAGGAUGGAGAUGAGGAGGAAGUGGAGGCAGUGGGGGCUGGCGGGGGGUGGGACACCCCUAUGCGGGACGAAGACUAUGAGGGCGACUGGACCAAUGGCAUGGGCGGGUCUAACUGGGACAACUUGGACUAUGUAUGGGAAGAAGAGGACGAAGAAGAAGACCUGGAUUACUAUUUCGAGGAAAUGGAGGAGGAUCUGGAUUACUAUUUCGAGGAUAUGGAGGAAGACCUGGGAGGGGAGGAUGAAGAGGAUGAAGAAGAAGUGCUGGAAGAGGACGAGGAAGAGGAGCGAGAUCCCGUCACCCCACUGCCACCGCCUCCUGCCCCUCGGAGGUGCUUCACCUGUCCGCAGUGCCGAAAGAGCUUUCCCCGUCGGAGCUUUCGCCCCAACCUGCAGCUGGCCAACAUGGUCCAAGUGAUUCGGCAGAUGCACCCAGCCCCUGGUAGAGCGAGCCGUGGGAAUGAGCAAGGCAUCUGCCCCAAACACCAAGAAGCUCUGAAACUCUUCUGUGAAGUGGAUGAAGAGGCCAUCUGUGUAGUGUGUCGAGAAUCCAGGAGCCACAAACAGCACAGUGUGGUGCCUUUGGAGGAGGUGGUGCAGGAGUACAAGGCCAAACUACAGGGCCACUUGGAACCACUGAGGAAGCACUUGGAGUCUGUGCAGAAGAUGAAGGCCAAGGAGGAGAGGCGGGUAACUGAACUAAAGAGCCAGAUGAAGUCAGAGCUGGCAGCUGUAGCCUCCGAGUUUGGGCGGCUGACACGGUUUCUGGCUGAAGAGCAGGCAGGUCUGGAGAGGCGGCUCCGAGAGAUGUAUGAAGCUCAGCUGGGGCAGGCAGGAGCAGCAGCCUGUCGCCUCUCAGAGCAGGCUGCCCAGCUGAACCGCCUUCUGGAGGAAGCCCAGGAGCGGAGCCAGCAGGGGGGCCUGCGGCUACUCCAGGACAUCAAGGAGACUUUCAAUAGGUGUGAAGAAGUGCAGCUGCAGCUCCCAGAGGCCUGGUCCCCUGACCCGUGCCAACCCCACAGCCAUGACUUCCUGACAGAUGCCAUUGUGAGGAAAAUGAGCCGGAUGUUCUGUCAGGCUGCUCGAGUGGACCUGACCUUGGACCCUGAUACAGCUCAUCCUGCCUUGAUGUUGUCUCCUGACCGCCGUGGUGUCCGCUUGGCAGAGCGGAGACAGGAGGUUGCCCACCAUCCCAAGCACUUCUCAGCUGACUACUGUGUACUGGGGGCCCAGGGCUUUCGUUCUGGCCGGCACUACUGGGAGGUAGAGGUGGGUGGGCGGCGGGGCUGGGCAGUAGGCGCUGCCCGUGAAUCAACUCAUCACAAAGAGAAGGUGGGCUCUGGGGGGCCCUCUGUGGGCAGUGGGGAUGCCAGCUCCUCUCGCCAUCACCAUCGCCGCCGCCGCCUCCACCUGCCCCAGCAGCCUCUUCUGCAGCGUGAAGUGUGGUGUGUGGGCAUCAAUGGCAAACGCUACCAGGCACUGAGUUCAACAGAGCAGACGCUGCUGAGCCCAAGUGAGAAACCACGGCGGUUUGGUGUAUACUUGGACUAUGAGGCUGGGCGCUUGGGAUUCUACAAUGCAGAGACUCUGGUUCACGUGCACACCUUCUCAGCUGCCUUCCUGGGCGAGCGUGUCUUCCCUUUCUUCCGGGUGCUCUCCAAGGGCACCCGCAUCAAGCUCUGUCCUUGA